AUGUCUUUGGAAGAUCGGUUCCAUCCUUUGGCACCAGCGCAUCCUCCUGCGGCUCCUAUAGUGGCAGAUAGCCUUUUGGUCCCCAGGUUGGACGAUGCACUGGGGAAUUUCCGUGGGUAUGGAAAGCGAGAACGACGUCGGCGUGAACAGACGCGGAAGCUGCGAGAGUUCUUGAAAAAGCAUCGUUUCCCAGAUGUGAAUGAGCCGCAGCAGUUCCACGUGACGUUCUGCAUUCUUCCGCGACGGAAGGAGGAACUCUACCCGAUUCACAUGGCUGCCAGGCUUGGCGACUACGAGAUGUUGAGGCUUCUUCAAAAGGCUGGUGCAGAUUCAUCUCAAAAGACCUCUCUGGGCCGCAGCGCCCUGCAGCUGGUGGACCAGCAGACGGAGCAAUUUGAACACAUCAGUUUGUUGCUGAAUGGCCAGCUUAUGCCUGCUCCAGCUCGAAUGCUUAAAUCUUUGAGUGCAUCAGAUGACAGCAUCAGCAGCUGA